ACAAUGCCCCAACUCAUAAUGCUCUGUUACCUUGUCACUUAGAGAUGUUUGGUGUAGCAGAGCAUUAUGAGUUGUGCGGUGUAAGGUGUAACAGAGAUGUUGUGCUGUGUAAGCAGAGAUGCUUGACUUUGAGAGCGAGAGUCGUGUUAUCAAUUAUUAUGAGUGAGCUUCGUCGAUAACUACUUUGUCGAGUGAAUGCCAGCGUCUUCGGCACGAGUGUAUCGAUUAAUCGAACUUUGCCCCAAAACCCCUUUUAGCCGACCUAUGGUAGACAGCGAAAUAUCGAAGAAAAACCUUUAAACUACCCCUCUUACAAAAAACGAACACCAGGUCGUUUCUGUGAUGGUCGACGUACUCUACCGAAAAGGAGUGUGUACAGGACAAAUAGAAUAGACAUCGAAAAUCGAGGCUCGGCCUUGCCAUGUUUCGACCUUAUCCGAUAACGGGCUUGUAAAGAAACUGCAACAACAGGUGUAAAUAAGUCCCUCUCGUCCUCACAAAAGCUCCGUGUUUUAUUCCGUGAUUUUUGAGUCAAAAACGCGACCACGACCGAUGUAGAAAGAUCACUAGAUUAGUUGAAAAAUAGAUGACGCAAUCGUAUAUCUGGCCUUUAGGGCCGACGGGCCCUCUCCCGGCCGGGCAGAAAUUUUCUCAAGUCCGCAACCUUGAGACCUCGAGGGAGCUGCGGGCUUAGAAAGAGCGUCUGAGAAGUGCGAUUCAAUGACAGUGUUGCUUAAUUUGCACGACAUCAGAGGGCCAGAUAGAAAGCGGUGCUGGAGGACUAAAUGAUUUAGUACAAUCAGAGGGUCGUGUCACUUUUGAGUUGUGACGAGCGCCAGCUGGUGUAAAUUAAUUUGAAUACUACUAGUGUCAACAUCUUCUUCAGCGAUUACUGUUUUUCAGCGGUGGCUAAGGCGAAGCAAGUACCGAAGCGACACUUCUGAGGAGACUGCCUUACUAUAGCGGAGUAGUCUUCCAAAGGACGAGCACAACAGAACACACCUGAAGUAAAGGCGGAGUACAACUAGUGAUCGGAAGGUGUGGUGAUUGCGACACCGUUUUUACUACUACAGCAUUGGUCGCUUUUUUCCUUCAGUGCGCGCAGACUACACCCUACGAAGAAGAGUUGCCUCCAAGUGACGGCUGAGAAGCGACUUCUGCCACCACGACAGCGUGUUUCAUCUCGUCUGAGAACAUACAAGCGGCGUUACGAGGAUUCGACUGAUCCUAGAAGUUAGAAGUACUAGACUUCUAGUACACGAGGAACAAAGUAGUUUCAUCUAGUACUGCUAGUGGAAGUGAAGAACUAGUAGUGUUCCUUUUCCCGAUUCUUUGCGUUCUCGUUUUUUCUUUGCUCGAACAAGGCAAACGUGAAAGCGACAAGAUGGCGUUGGUUGCAGUGAAUAAGAAUAGUACGCAACACACGGAGAACUUCCGUUCUACCAAUGUGCGCUUUUUGCAGGAGCAGAACAAGCAGGCGCUUUCUGCCUUACAGAAAGUCGAGGAGGAAAGGAAUGAGGUACUUCUACAGGAAUACGUAGAAUUUUGCAAAACGUACUUAUACUAAGUUGUACUGGAAUGACUGUAGAGUUUUUUUGGUGAAGACUUCUACGUAUCAUGUUGAGAAUGUUCGCAUUUUUUACUACGUGCGAGAAGAGGUAAUACGUAUCCAUUGAGGUGGGUACGUCGUAGACACGCACUACCUUCUAUUUUUGGAGUAGAAAUUCAAUCUUCAGCACUCGAAUUAGUUCAAUCCCAACUGCUCCAGGCGUUUAUGGUGAUCAAAGAGUGGGAGGCGAAGCAGAGCAAAUUGGAGAAUGAGUAUGACGAUUUGCAGUACAAUCUGGAGGACCUGGAGCAGUCCAAUAUCAAAUCACGAGCUGCUUUGCAACAAAAGGAUGAACAUAUACGCGUGCUGUCCGAGCAAAAUCGGCAGUUGCUGUCGAUGCUCGAGACAGAGGAGAGCAAGAGCAAGGAGAAGGAGGGGGAGUUCGGAGCGGCGAGGGACUUGAACAUCUCGUUGAAAGAACUGCAGGUCCUCACGUUUUCUUUGGUUGAAAGAACCGAUUUCGUUUAUUUUUUUUGGUUACAGGAUUAAGCAGCUAGAAGAAUCGGUGAUGUAAGUGAAAAUGAAGGAGUGGCUGGAGAUCUUCAUUCUCUUGCGGUGAUUCUUCAUUCAUCAGGCCGUCAAGCUAUAAGGUGCAAGAACUUGUUGUUCCAUCAGUCACGAAGAAAACUACGAUUUGGAAAAACUACCAUUCCCCACAGUUGUAAGCAUCUUUUUUCCCACAUCAGGUCAAGUUCGAGAAGAUGAAAGCAUCUGGGGACGCGCAAUUACUAGCAGUGACGACAGAAGUGGUUAAACUCCAGGAAGAAUGCAAAAACUCGAGAAACGAGACAGAACAACUCCAAACCGCCGCUCGAAACUUCACUGCGCAAGCAAAAAUUAUGAGGAGGACUUGUUUCUGUCUUCUGAUGAUUCGUAGGAGUAUGAUUUUUAGUGCUUCUAGAAGACCAUGAGCAUGAUUUUUCUGCGAUCAUACAGAUGUAACAGAGUCUGUCAGUUUCAAGAAUGCAUCUUGUUCAGCAGUAUUCCUUUAAUAUCAGUUCUUGUUGUCUCCCAUUUAUUUCUCUACGACGCACUGACUUUUUCAGUCUAAGAAAAAGGACAUCGAGGAGCUCGAGGAAAGGCUGCAGGAGGCGAAAAAGCAGAAUGUUAUGCACCUGCAACAAAUCCAGCACAACGAGGUGAAUGAGCAUCGGUUACUAGAGAAAAUCAACAGUUGGAAACUGCAAAUCGAGGAGCUUGGAGUCCAGAAGAAGAGCAUAAAGGUAAACGAUUCCAAAUCAAUAGACAUUGAUUGUGAUGCAGGACAUUCAGUGCAGUAUAACUCAGGCCUUGCAGUAUGACUCUCAUCCCCUUUCCUGUGACCUACUACUACUUCUUACACUACUCUCCUUGGCAUGAAACUUUUAUGUGAACUAAUAACUGAUGUGGCUUUCAAUCAUUAUAGUUCUCAACAUUCUGCAACCUAACCAACCUAACCAAACGUGAAAAUGCACAAAGAUCCAACUCGACGGCGACCUGAUGGCUCGUGGCAGUUGGAGCAAGAGCAAGAUGGACAUCAUGAAGCGCACAGACAUGUUAGAGGAGACGGCUUCGGAAUUGAGAGCGGCAAUAGUAGCAGCCGAGCAGACGAAUUCGAAUAUGACAGAAGAAAACAGGAAUUAUGGCUUGAAAAUUGGCUCAAGUUGAUGAUGAUGAUGAUGAUGACGAUGAUGAUGUCGAUUCAAUCCACAUAGCUUCAUCGAGUUUUCUUCGCAGCAGAAAUGAGUAGGAGACAUCCGUUGCCGUCCUUGAAGACGUAGCUUAGCAUCGUGGUGUUAUCUAGUUCUUGUACAAACAAUGUACACAUCCUCUUCGACACAUCAAUCAUUACAACAUUGUCUAUCCUCUAAGUCACAGGAGCCGAGAACUUUCGGGAGAUGGGCGACAAGGUUUACUCGCUUAUGGACCAGCUGCGGAUGAAUCAGGUGAAUCUGAAGAAAGAGGAGUCAACAGCCAAAGAUAGGGAGAAAAAAAUCGUGCAGUUGGAGAAACAGUAAUACAGUUUAAUAUUGUAAUUGUUUUGUUGCUUAGGUGGAAGUUGGAUUUCUGGUUUUUGUGGAACCUUUCCAGUUAUCAUGUCUAUGCUCCUGGCUCGUGUUCUUCACAUUCUUCUCGAGCGCGUCCAAGGUAUCAGCUCUUGCAGCAGAAGUUGGCAUUAGAGGUCGAAGCUAAGCAGCAGGCUGAGCAGGAAAGUCGAGCUAGCGCGCAGAUGCAGGCGCUUUUGCAAAAGAAGAAUAAGAAGUUAGAGGAGGGUCUGCAACUCGCACUGCGAGGUCAGGAAAAAGCUGAGAAAAAACAGCAAGAGCUUAGCGACAAGGGCAAUGCUUUGCAGACACAGAAUGCCUACUUUUAUGACCUGCUUGAUAUAGUUUUUUUCGAGUAUUAGAUCAUUGAGUGACACUGACCACAAUGGCCUGUACUACAUAGGUAAAAAGUAUUAGCUGACUUGAAUCUUCGGCCUUGUUCGAGGUACUUCGAAGAUGUAGGUGUAAAACUCGCAAAAGGCUUUCUCUCUCUCUAAGCCCCAGCAGCGCGAGUCGACGGUCAGGAGGAGGAUAAGAUGGCCUUGAAGGCUGAGAUACGGAAGCAAGCUGAAGAUCAAAAGCAGUGCCAACUGACCUACCAAUCAUUGCAGACGCAAAAAACUGAGAAAGAAGACGAAUCGAAUGCAUUGGAGGCGGAAAGGGCAGCAAUAAGUGCCGAACUCGACUAUAUCCGACGAGAGGAUAUGUUGGAUGAGACAGGGAGGACGAAGGUACAACUAGAAGUUUUUGUUUUCUUGCUAUAAGGAUGAUCUGGUGUACUUGGAUAUGUGGUGAGGCAGAACUUUCUCCAGUUUCGGAAUACUGAUCAUCUGGGCAACAUUCCAUUCCAUUUCUCCAGUCCUACGUCCCCACUUUAACAGCCCGUGCUAAUCGAGUCAAACGAUAGCAAAUUAGUCGAGCGGUUGCAGAUAAACGAGUUCUUGUAUUCUGCCCAGCAGGCACGUAACCCAGUCCCGAUGAUCAUUGACUAUGGCAUGGCCUCUAGCUGUAAUCAUUUUCCGGAAAGUCGGAGAUAGGUCAAAAAUAUUUUGACUGAUCUUCAAUCUGAUUUUUUGUUCCUUCUCCUUCUAUGCAAAAUGCCCCGACAUGUUUGUUUCCCUCCGACCACACCACUUCUCCUCUUUCAUACUCAAAAAGUUUCGCACAUCCUCGAGUUGCUGCAUACUGCCCAAACGCAGAGUGACCAAUACCUCCUCGACUUGCAGAAGUCGAACUCCCUACUACAAGCCUUGAGACAGAAGAACCUAACGCUCUACGAGAAGUCUCAGGCUUGCGAGUCAUGGAAGUUGAGGGCUUUGAUGAAGAUCGUGGCGAAUGCCUUUCAGACUAGGGAGUCUUAUAGCGGAAUGCAUUCCAGUGACACUUGCAACCUCUUCUUGGACGGCUUGCAGUACACGAAUAAGGAGUUGCAGCAGUUGAAAGAACUAGUGAUCAGCUACGAUAGACAGGAUAAAGUACCUUUUUACCUUUUUACCUUUCAUCAGCAAUUUUGCAUGCUGAUUCUGCUACAUUCUGACUUAACAGCCUCAUUCGCAACUUCUGAACCUCCUAAUCCAACAUCGAAUCUUUCUCUCUCCUCGAAUACUCACACCACCAAUACCACCACCAUCACCAUCAUCACCAUCACCACCACCACCGUCAUCACCAUCACCACCACAACAGGUGCAUCAACUACACCUUCAAGAUAACGGCCUGUCAGACGACUCCUUGCCGAUAAUACAAGAGUUGCUGACGACAAUGCCCUACAUGAAGAUCCUAGACUUGAGGAAAAACCGGCUCUCAGAUAUCGGUCUGCAAUCCUUACGUGCGUGGCUCUCGAAUCAACCUGGUGAGAUUUUCUGAUUUUGAGAUCUCAUGCGAAGACAUGAGAAAAAAUGCAAAUGGGGAGCAAAAAAAGAAGAGAAAAAGAAGGAUAGACAAUGAACUCUUCAACAUCGACCUCAUGCCAGGCACAUCAAUCAAUCAAUCAAUCAAUCAAUCAAUCAGUCGACACUUCUCUUCCGCACUACCUCUGAUCACGAUUUGACCAGUUGUUAAAAACUAUUUCUCACGACAGGUAUAACGGAAGGGGUGAUAGAAACGGAGGUGAGAAAUAGUUUUUAACAACUGGUUAAUAACUUCUCAACCACAGGUAUAACGGAGGUGAUUUCUCAACCACAUAGAAAUUGAAUUUAAUUCACGACAGGUAUAACGGAAGUGACCCGCGAUUUGCAGGAGAUCAGAGCAAGAUCUGGUAAUCAGAUUAGGUUACGAGUUUUGGUGGAGGAGCAAGGAGACCAGCAGCACGAGCCUCUCCCAGUGGCUUUUGCGAAUGAUAGGACUGGCAGAACCGAUAUGGCCGGCGUGCAGGCAGAUGACUUCCUCGCUUCAGCUGCCGGCGUUACGGCUGAGAAAGGUGGUUAAUAUUUGUCAUGGUCUUGUCAUGCAGUUCUUGCAAUAAUAAACUUCUCUCGAAGAUAUGAUAGAUUAGCGACGUGAUAUCGAACUUGCAAGACAGAGAAGGAUACUUUUAAGAGUAGCUGUUAUCAUCUAUCACUCAAAAAAAUGCAUUUUUGGGCUAUCUUGGAUAAGAAAAUGCUUUGACGAUCAUUUCCGCUCCUACCCAAUCCUUCUACACACUGACUUGCUUCCAGGUCCUCUUUCCUCCUACAUUGACGUACCCGUCGGCAGUGGUGGAGGUGAGGCAGCAGGUAAAUCGGGUCCCGAAUAUGGUGGUGUCCCAGUGGGUCUGGGAGGCGCGGGAGACGCCGUUGGUGGUCUCGGCGCCAAACGCGAUGGCUUGCCUGACGUUGGAGGACCCAAGGGUAAAGCGAAAGCGAAGGCGAGGAGAUAGUCGUCGUUCUUGUUCCUUGUAUUUCCAAGUACGACCAGACUAGCGCAUAGCCAUACCUACUAGUUUGGCUAUAUAGAAGGUGGCAAGAACGCGCUUUAUCCAAUCAAGGUAAGUAAUGUGACCUAAGAUACUUCAGUUACAAGAUUCACUUCAGAGUGACUUCAGAGUUAGCACUUCAGAGUUCAGAAUGAAUGACCUAAGAUACUUCACAAAUUUAAGAUACGAUUCUUUGAGGAAAAGAAAAUUAAGGCAUGACUGUCUGUAGUAUGCAAAUGUAUAGUCAGGGUUUGGCGAAUAUCUUUUUGAGAGUGUUAUUUUCCUCUAGUACUUGCUCAUACUUGCUUCAGAGUUCAGAAUGAAUGACUUGCUAUCAGAUUGAGACUACACACUUAACGAGUGCCAAAAAUGUAACGUGGUGAAGACUGAGUGCCGCAUGGUCUUCGCGAUGAUGUUAUGAAGCUACGGCCUGAAGGGCUUGGACGAAAAAAAAGUACCUUGCUUUGGCAUCAAAGGGGUGCGACGUGUGGAACUACAUGCUUGUACAACAUGUAUUCGUAUCAGCGAAGUAGAAGGACGUGCGACACUUGAUUGAAUUUCCGGUUGCUGUGAAGUGACUUGAU